CGGAGUAGUUCUCCACGCGGAACGGGCAAGAACGAGUUCAGUUGAAUGAUGUCAGACCUACGCCACCGAGGUCAUACCACCAUCUCAUCAGCGGCUCAACAGAAACAAUCCAUAACCUCGGGCCGAUCGAAGAAGGAGCCAGAAUCUCAAGGCAGAAGGAACCUGGUCGUAGUCUUCCUGUUGGCCGUCGGAUGUCUGCUAGUUUAUUACCGUCGACUGUCUCCCACCGCCCAGCCAGAGUCAAUCUCGGACCGGACAUCAAAUACCUUCAACCGCUAUCCGCUACCCACCCUGCCAUGGGAGUCCAGUGCACGUUCAGCCAUCAAGACAGCGAUCAAAAACUCGUGGCGGGCUUAUGCGGAUAGUCCUGCGUGGGGAUCCGAUGAAUUUCAUCCGAUCAGUCAAACAGGAUCCAACCUGACCAAGGCUGGAUCGAUCGGCUUCUUCAUUGUGGAUGUAAUCGAUACUAUUCUACUGACCGGUGACAUGGACGAAGAGUAUCAGCGUGCGAGGAAAUACGUCGAAAGAGAUCUGAGUUUCGAUGUAGAUGGUGAUCUGAACGCGUUUGAAACAACGAUCAGAAUCCUUGGUGGUCUUUUGUCGGUCUAUCAUCUGUCUGGUAACGAUACCAUCUACUUGGAGAAAGCUAUCGACCUGGGAACUCGACUCUUACCAAUAUUUGAUUCACCCACUGGAAUUCCGUAUUCAUUUAUCAAUCUUAAGACGGGUAAAGCCACACCAGACAGAGAUAAUGGAGGAUACAGUAGCCUGGCAGAAGCAACGACUAUACAGCUCGAGUUUAAGUAUCUAGCUGAAUUGUCUCAAAAACGCAUUUUUUGGGACGUCGCCGAGGGGGCCAUGAAAGUAUUCAAGCAUGCAGAGAGCCACCAUGGUCUCUUCCCCAUUCUAGUUUCUCCCCAAGAUGGCUCUUUUUUUUAUGUUAUUCGAUUGGGCUCCCGGGGUGAUUCAUAUUAUGAGUAUUUAAUCAAGCAGUACCUCCAAACGAAUCGCACUCAAGGUGUUUACAGGGAGAUGUAUGACGAAGCUAUGACAGGGGUGAAAGAAGAAUUGGUUCGUGAAACUCCUGGUGGGGUCGUGUAUGUUGGUGAACUUCAUCCAAGCCGGAAAUCUUACCGUUUUCUACCGAAACAAGAUCAUUUGGUUUGUUUCUUGGGGGGCUUGUUACUCUUGGGAGUCACGGAAGGUGAUCGAACAUUACAAGACCAGGAUGUUUUGAAGUUGCCGGACUCCAACCAAGAAGAUUGGGUUCUGGGAAAAGAGCUUAUCAAGUCUUGCGUAAAUACCUACGAACUGUCAAAGACCGGAUUGGGACCCGAAAUUGUGCAUUUCAUCAACCGACCAGAAGAUUUUGACAAAAUCAAAAAACGAGAGUGGGGUAUUCCUAACUACAGCCCUCGAUCUCCACCACUUGAUGCUCGCAAUAUUUUAAGGCCAGAAACAGUAGAAUCAUUAUUUCUGGCGUGGAGGACAACUAAGGACCCAAUAUAUCGCGAGUGGGGAUGGCAGAUAUUCCAAGCUUUUGAUGAACAUUGUAAAGUCAAAGCCACGGGUGCAUUUUCCUCCAUCAAGGACGUGGAGCAGAUCCCCGCUCCAAGGGAAAACAAAAUGGAAACCUUUUGGCUUGCUGAAACAUUGAAAUACCUUUUACUUUUAUUUUCCGAUGAUUCACUUAUACCUUUGAACUCUUAUGUCUUCAAUACAGAAGCCCACAUUUUCCCAAUAUUUACUCCUAGCUUCAAAUCGGAGGAAGAUUAAAUCCAAAAUGAAUCAAUCAAUCAUUGAUAGAUUAUGCCAUCCUUUCCUCCCUAUGUAAUGAUGCCUUAAACCUGUUUGAUAGCGCAUUUUUAUGACUACGACCCUCAUAUUGUUCUUUGUUCUUGCUUCUUGUGCAUACAUCCUCCCAUCUUUCAUUGGUUCUCCUUUUUGUCCUGAUCGGUUGUCAGUCCAGGAUAAAUCCCCUCGACUAAGCAUCUCAUCUCACUAAUCGAAUCUUGCUAAUCUAGAAAGAAAUAACACAUAGAUGAUACUCCGAAGAUGUCAAUUCCG